CCUAGGACAGGUCGAAAUAAAGCAUGGUUCCAGAUUGAUGCUGGCCAGCGAGCACUUUACACUUCACUACUGCAGACGAAGCUCAAUCCAACUGUCUCUCCGCUGUAAAUAAGGGGAAGAAGAAGACACUGCCUUAAGACUGAGAAGCUACUUACUACUUCAAGUUCUUCCUCCACCCUUCCCCGAGUUGAAGAGUGUGACAGACAGUGGGUGGAAAUGGGCUGGGCUAUAGCUCUACACGGGGGCGCCGGCGACAUCGCACCUGAAAUUCCGCCGGAGCGUCGCCAACCCCGUGAAGCCGCCCUGCGACACUGCCUUCAGAUCGGAGUUGAUGCUCUCAAGGCCAAAAAGUCCCCCCUCGACGUCGUCGAACUUGUGGUUCGUGAACUAGAAAACAAUCCGAACUUCAAUGCAGGUAAGGGCUCUGUCUUAACAACAGAAGGCACGGUUGAAAUGGAAGCUUGUAUCAUGGAUGGUAAGACAAAAAAAUGUGGGGCUGUCUCUGGGCUCACUACUGUUGUUAAUGCCAUAUCUUUAGCACGAGUGGUCAUGGAGAAGACUCCUCAUAUAUACCUUGCUUUUGAUGGAGCAGAAAAAUUUGCACGGGAACAAGGUCUUGAAACCGUAGAUCCAAGCCAUUUUAUAACUCCGGCAAACAUUGAGGGGCUAAAGCAAUUCAAAGAAGCCAAUAGAGUUCAGAUUGAUUAUGCACAACCGGUUGAGAAAGAUGUGAAGAAAGAAACACCAACUGGCGAUGGUGAUAGCCAAAUCGGUACAGUUGGAUGUGUGGCUGUUGAUAAUGACGGAAACUUAGCUGCUGCAACUUCUACUGGUGGAUUUGUCAACAAGAUGGUUGGUAGGAUUGGGGACACGCCCAUCAUUGGGGCAGGGACAUAUGCCAACAAUCUUUGUGCAGUUUCUGCCACAGGGAGAGGCGAAGCAGUAAUGCGGGGCACUGUUGCAAGAGAUGUGGCCGCCCUCAUGGAAUUCAAAGGUCUCUCUCUCAAGGAUGCUGCAGCUUGUGUUGUUGAGGAACGUGUACCAAGAGACAAUGUUGGCUUGGUUGCUGUGUCUGCAAAAGGAGAAGUCACAAUGCCUUUUAAUACGACAGGCAUGUAUCGAGCUUCUGCUACUGAAGAUGGGUAUGCAGAGUUUGGAAUUUGGCCUUCUGUGGAAAAAUGGGUGCUUUAGGUGAGUUUCAAUUGCUUGAGUCUAAUAAAUUGCAUUUUGGUGGUGACUUGUACUUGUAUUUGGUAUCUUAUGAAGUGUCCAAAAUAUGGAAACGCAUUGUACUGCUAUUAUGUAUAUAUGGAAUUGCAUAAUCAUGGCGUUCUCA